UGCCUCCUUCCUUAAAGCGAUCAAAAGAUGCAAAUCUUGAAGUCGUAGUCCUAUUUAGUUAAGGCAAAUUGUUAGAUUUGGUAGUUAGAUUGCAAUUUGCUGACAAAAAUGUAAAGCCUACAAGAAUAGUAAGACAUUGUUUUCACCAAUGCCUAAUUGCCUACCGAUUUGCUAGCCUUCAACCAGAAAUUGAAAAAGAAAAACGACCCAAAAAUUCCCUAUUUUUAAACACCACCACCCAAAAGUCCUAACAAUCCACUAAUUAAUUUCACAGCUUUGAUUUGAUUCACAAUGUCCCUCUGUUUCCUUCUCUCCCAAAAAAUUUCCCAUUUUUCCAGAGAGAAGAAACAGAAGAGAGUUUGUGCAAGAACAUUCCUGAAAAAGACCCUCUGAGCAGAGAAAUUCUUCCCUCAAUUUCCCAGGUCAACAUAUGUCAUUUACAAAUAUUAAAUUUCUACCAGCUAAAACCACACCAGGUAAAAAUAUUCUCUUUAUUACUCUGUUUAUAUUAAGUUCUUAAUGAAACCCAAUCAUGCAAAACAUCCAUUAGAAUGAGGACAAAUGUUUUGACAGUCUGUAAAAUGGAGGGGGACCAUUCUUCCUUCACGUACUAGUAUAAUUUAGAGGGAAAAUCAAAAGAGAAGGAGGAGGAAGCAUAUGGGAAUGGAACCAUAUUCAAUGCGUAGGACAAGACUCUGUCAUUAGUUUAUGAUUGGAUUUCAUUGACUUAUCAUUGCUUUUGUUUUCAGAUAUCAAUUUUGUAAGGCCAACCCACGCCCUUAUUUUUUGCCGACCUUUUUUGCUUGAUAUGAAGAGAAAGAAGGUAGCUUUGGAAAUAAAUUCGACCAGUUCUUGACAUGAAAAUGUCUGGGUUCAAACUUUAGAGCCUUUUCUUCAUUUGGGUUUUCCGAGAAUGGGCAUAAUGGAGGGAGGCGAGACGCCUAAAGGCAAUGAGGAGAGUAUUUUGGUGUCGGUGAGAUUGAGGCCUCUGAAUGAGAAGGAGAUUAUGAAGAAUGAUGCUUCAGAUUGGGAGUGUAUCAAUGAUACCACUAUCAUUUACAAGAAUGCUAAUCUUUCCGUGUCAGAAAGAUCAAUGUAUCCCUCGGCUUAUACAUUCGACAGGGUAUUUAGGACCGAUUGUUCCACAAGGCAGGUCUAUGAAGAAGGAGCCCGGGAAGUAGCUCUUUCUGUAGUUAGUGGAAUCAACGCAACUGUUUUUGCCUAUGGACAAACAAGUAGUGGGAAGACAUACACCAUGACUGGAAUCACUGAAUAUACGUUUGGGGAUAUAUAUGAUUACAUACAGAAGCACGGGGAGAGGGAAUUUAUUUUGAAAUUCUCUGCAAUGGAAAUCUACAAUGAGUGUGUCAGAGAUCUCCUUAGCACAGAUACCUCUCCUCUUAGACUGCUGGAUGAUCCUGAGAAAGGUACUGUAGUUGAGAAACUCACUGAGGAAACUUUGAGGGACUGGGAUCAUGUGAUCGAGCUCCUGUCUCUUUGUGAAGCUCAAAGGCAGAUUGGAGAGACUGCUCUGAAUGAAAUGAGUUCUAGAUCCCACCAAAUAAUCAGAUUGACAAUCGAAAGUUCCACUCGUGAAUUUUUAGGCAGGGAUAACUUCAGCACUCUUACUGCUAGUGUGAAUUUUGUGGAUUUGGCUGGAAGUGAGCGUGCAUCUCAGUCAUUAUCAGCAGGAACUAGAUUAAAAGAAGGCUGUCAUAUAAACCGCAGUUUGCUAACCUUAGGAACUGUGAUUCGCAAGUUAAGCAAGGGCAAAAAUGGACAUAUACCCUUCAGAGAUUCCAAGCUGACUCGCAUUCUGCAAUCAUCUUUAGCUGGCAAUGCUAGAACAGCCAUCAUUUGCACAAUGAGCCCUGCACGCUGUCAUGUUGAACAAUCAAGAAACACACUCCUUUUUGCAAGUUGUGCUAAAGAAGUUACCACCAAUGCACAAGUGAAUGUUGUCAUGUCUGAGAAAGCACUGGUAAAACAUUUGCAGAGGGAAUUGGCCAGACUAGAGAGUCAGAUGAGAAGUCCAGGAACCACCAUUGUAACAUCAGAUUAUGCGGCACUUCUUCGGGAUAAAGACCAUCAGAUCGAACAGCUUGAAAAGGAGGUAAAAGAUCUGAUUCUGCAGCGAGACAUAGCUCAAUCUCAACUCAAGGAAUUUAUGAACCUUGUAGGAGAUGACAGAAGUUCGAUGAUGGGGGUUGGCUUCGGACACUACCCAAACCUGCGAAUCCAUGGGUCACCUGAUUCUGAAAUCCCAGCCCCAGAUACAUCUAGCUUAGCAGAUUCCCAGACAUUUUCUUUUGGACACAGCAGAAGUAGCUCUGAAGAUAAUUUCAUUCGAGUACCAGACUUGGAAAACUUUUCAAACAAUGACAUAUCUCCCAAGGUGUUAGCUGUUUCCAAUUUUAGCGAGACCGGGUCAUUUCAUGCGUGGGAAGAAGUGGAAAAAAGAAGCAAUGCUGCAUCAGAAGAUAUAUGCAAGGAAGUUCGUUGCAUCGACUUAGCAGAGUUGAGUUCCCCUCUAGCAGUAGAAUCCCAAUGUCAUACUUUGUCAGUAACUUCUGCCGGAGACAAUGGGAUUCCCGAACCACUCUCACCGCCAUUGGAGGAUGAGAGCAUGUCGAAACCAUUGAUGGAAGAAAAACAGCUAGUACCACAUCAGGAACACCAAGAACUUGAAUACCAACCUCCAGAUGAUGAUGAGAAGUUGGAUUCUCCACAUUUGAAGGAUGAGAAAGAGUUGCACUGCAUUGAUUCCUUUGCUCAUGCAGAAGAUUCAUCUCCUAUGCAUGAUGCAACGGAUAAUUCCCCUGGAAGUGAAAGCUUUGACCUAACGAAAAGCAGAACCUGCAACUCAAGUAUAUUGACGAACCAUACACCACCAGAUGAGUCAGAAAGAGAAUUUGUUGGGAGACCUGAGGGUAUUGAAAGGAAACUGCUUCUAUUUGAUUUAGAUGUAGAAAGGUUAUCAAGGAUGGAUUCUCUCCCUUCUGCAGAGAGAAUUGUUGACGUUGAGUUUGAAGAAGCAAGGGAGAAAUCUUCUGGAAAUGAUAAUAGCAAAAGCAUCGAUGCAUCAAGCAAAGAUGAGGUGUUUCUUCACGAAUAUCAAACUCCUGAGUCUCCAAUAAAAGAGCCUGCAGAAAAUGCCAAUCAACCUUUGAAAAGUACAAAAGAUGUGGGCUUAGAUCCAAUUGAAGAUGAAUACGAGCCAAAUGAGCCAAAGAAUCUUACUAAUUGGCCUACAGAAUUCAAGAGGCUUCAAAAGGAAAUUAUUGAACUUUGGCAUGCUUGUAAUGUUUCACUGGUGCAUAGAACCUAUUUCUACCUCUUAUUCCAAGGUGACCCCACGGAUGCUAUUUAUAUGGAGGUUGAGAUAAGGAGGAUGACCUUUCUCAAGGAUACAUUUUCUCGCGGAGAGAAAACUAUUGUUAAUGAUCGGACUCUGUCACUUGCUUUAAGGUGGUUCCACACUCAAAUAUGCUAUACAUAUACGUGAAAAUGCUGUUGUAUGCGUUAAAGGGCCCUUAUUCCAUUCUCCUCGGUUUCUAUUUCCUGAUGUCAUUAAUUGAUUCGUUUUAUCUUUCCUGAAAUGCAGCACGAAGGCUCUUCGUCAAGAAAGGCGAAUGCUAAGCAAGCAAAUGCUGAAGAAGCUAUCGGAACAAGAAAGAGAGGGGCUGUUCCUGAAAUGGGGAGUCGGGCUGAAUACUAAACUAAGGAGAUUGCAGCUGGCACAUCUCUUGUGGACCAACACCGAGGACAUGAACCACAUUGCUGAUAGUGCCUACGUUGUUGCAAAACUGGUUGGUUUCAUCGAGCCAGGCCAAAAGACUCCUAAGGAAAUGUUUGGCCUCAACUUUGCACCUCGAAACACAGCAAGGAACUACAGUUUCAAACGGAGUUUGAUCUCUUUGUUGUGACAUGAUGCCUGUGACUAAAGCAGGGUUCAUAUGGAGUAAUGUAGGUGGUAUGGCGGUUUGGGCUUGCUCAAAUAAUCUGUUGUUUGUGUGUAUUUGGUCACUGAUUGCAGAUUGAUCAUAGGAAGCAGUGUAAAUUCCCUCAGGCUAGAUUUGUUGUAUAUUCACUAAUGAGCAAUGACUUCCCUCCGCAUGUCACUGUGCAGGAGGCAAAAAAUCUGUACUCAGUCGUAGAACUCAAAAUAAGACUUGUCGAUGAGCUAUGUUAAUUUGUAUGUCCCUUCUUAAUUUGCUAGUAGCUCUCUAAAUGUGUGCUGGUGUUAUUUUGAUACAGAGAGAUACCACACCUUUGAUUAGUAUGAGACAAUCAGACAGAGAAACUAAUUCCUAUUUGAAAAAUAUAGUUUUCAAAUACUCCAUAUGGUCCAAUGAUAAGGCACAAAAAUUUUAUCUAAGUUUUAGUUUUAAUUAGUGUCAUAUAAUUAGGAACAGAGGGAGUAGCUAACUAGAAUCUGUACUUUAUUACUUUGCCGAUGUUUUACAUGUUUCAAAAACCCAUAACAAACGUCAAGUAGAUAUAGAGGAUUCAUCUUUUGCCGUUUUCCA